AUGUCCGACACACGAAUCGUCCUCAUCACCGGCGCCAACACCGGCAUCGGCUACCAAGUCGUGCGCGCCCUCUACAGCGCCGACAAGGCGUACACCGUCCUCGUCGGCGCGCGCUCACUCUCCAAAUCACAGGACGCCAUCAGCGCAAUCCAGACCGAGUUCCCGGAGAGCACAAACAAGCUUGCCCCGCUUGUGGUAGACGUCGAGUCAGACGAGUCCAUCGAGCGCGCGCACGACGAGGUGGCGCGGACAUUCGGGAGGGUCGAUGCGCUGGUUAACAACGCGGGGGCAAACUUUGACUCCCUGAUCCCGUCCAAGCUCAGCCCGCGUCAAGCCUGGAACAAAUCAUGGGAUGUGAACGUCACAGGCGCGCAGGUCCUCACGUCCACGUUCAUCCCGCUGCUGCUACAAAGCACCGACCCGCGCCUCCUCUUCGUGACAUCAGGCACAUCAACGCUCAUCGGCAGCCAGCGCCGGAAUCUGCCGGUUGACCGCAGUCCCGAGGCCGGGUGGCCGAAGAGCGCGGCGGGGAUCAGUGCGGCCAGUUACCGCAGUGCGAAGACGGGGCUGAAUAUGAUGAUGCGGGAGUGGGAGCGCAUGCUCAAGAAUGAUGGGGUCAAGGUCUUUGCGAUUAGUCCCGGGUUUCUGGCGACGGGGUUGGGUGGGGUUGGGGCGCAGCAGCUGAGGGCGUUUGGGGCGGGCGAGCCGGAGGUUGCGGGGCCGUUGUUUCGGGAUGUGAUUGAGGGGCGGAGGGAUGGGGAUGUUGGGAGGGUUGUUAGUCGGGAUGGGGUGCAGGAGUGGUGA